UUCCCACAACCAAUCCGCAGAGAGAGGCGCCGCAGAACACAACACCAGUAGGGAAGAGAAGAGAAGAGAAGAGAAGAGAAAGAGCAGAGCAGAGCAGAGAAGAAAAGAACCCGGUUUGGGAGGAACAGAGGCGGCGAAGAGAGAGAAGAGAUGAAUCGCUGAACAGCACCUCCACCUGGAGCUGAGCUAGAGAAGAGAGGAACGCUGAACGGCACCUCCACCUGCCGACAACCACUAUCAUAUUCCCGUUCUCCACCCACCAAUCUCACGGCCAUGGAUCCGGAGAAGGUCUAUGGCUUCAAACUCUUGAUAUUGCCGCUCCUUCUCUUGCUUCUCGGCAAUGCAGCCCUCGAGGCCGCCGCUAGUCCGCCGACCGCAACUUCCGCCGGCGGGACCCCCGUAAACUCGAACUCGGUCCUGGUGGCGCUGCUGGACUCUCGCUACACGGAGCUGGCGGAGCUUGUGGAGAAGGCGUUGCUCCUGCAGACGCUGGAGGAGGCCCUGGGCAAGCACAAUGUCACCAUUUUUGCCCCUCGAAAUGAGGCGCUCGAGCGCGACCUCGACCCCGAAUUCAGGCGCUUCCUUCUUGAGCCCGGCAACCUCCAUUCCCUCCAGUCCCUCCUCAUGUUCCACGUCGUCCCCCAGCGCAUCCUCUCCGGCGACUGGCCUCACAACGACCUCUCCCCCCGCCGCACCCUCUCCCUCGCCGUCCGCGACGACCUCCGCCUCUCCCACCGUGCUGACGGCACCAAGAAGGUCGACAGCGCCACGGUUGUCCACCUCGACGAUAUCAUCAGACCUGACGGCGUCAUCCACGGGAUCGAGCGUCUCCUCGUGCCCCGAUCCGUUCAGGACGCGUUCAACCGUCGCCGGAACCUCGCCGCAAUCUCCGCCGUUCUGCCAAAGGGCGCGCCGGAGGUCGAUACGUCCACGAUGAAGCUGAAGAAGAAGCCGGCGAAGCCGGACCAGUACGGAUAUUCCCCACCACCGUACACGCCUUCCACUCCGAUCUACGAGGCGGUGGGUUCAGCACCGGCAUCUGCCCCGGCUCCGGCACCUGGACCCUCGUCGGGUCACCGCUGGUUCGAUGGCGAGUCGCAGGUGAAGGACUUCAUCCACACCCUGCUGCAUUACGGGGGUUUCAACGAGUUGGCUGACAUUCUCGUGAACCUGACCUCUCUCGCCACCGAGAUGGGGCGGCUGGUGUCGGAGGGAUACGUGCUGACCGUACUCGCGCCUAACGACGAGGCAAUGGCGCGGCUGACCACCGAGCAGCUGAGCGAGCCAGGCGCGCCGGAGCAGAUCAUAUACUAUCACUUCAUCCCUGAGUACCAGACGGAGGAGAGCAUGUACAACGCCGUCAGGCGAUUCGGAAAAGUUCGGUACGACACGCUCAGGCUGCCCUACAAGGUCACCGCUCAGGAGGCCGACGGGUCCGUCCGAUUCGGCCACGGCGACGGGGCGGCCUACCUGAUCGACCCUGAUAUCUAUGUGGAUGGGAGAAUAUCGGUGCAGGGAGUCGACAAGGUUCUUUUCCCGUCCGAUGCUAAGGGCUCCUCCACCACCCACUCACCUGCUACCGUCAAGACCGCCAAGUCCCCGGCCUCUGGCCCAGCCGCCGCCCGGAGAGGGAAAUUGGUCGAGCUAACGUGCAAAGUGCUAUCUAUGAUCAGACAAGAUUCACGCCUCUCUACAUGCCAACGAACAUGAGCUUUACAGCUACUUCCUAUCCGACCUGUAAAUUGUUGGGUUAAACCGGGAGGGGCCGAUGCAUCGUUGUCGGUGAAGCUGCUGAUUUCUCAACGUCAAUUUUCUUCCUUUUUAAAUUUUUGUUUUGGUGGUGGCCAUCGAGGAUGGGUUCGAGGCAGAUGGUAUUUUAAAAGGUUUUCCCUAGCCUGUCAAAGGAAGAAGUGAGCUAGUACAUAUAAAUAUAAUUUUUGUUCUUUGUGGUUGUCAUUUGCACCAAGUUUCUGCAUUUCCCAUUUGCCGUUUGUGGUGGUGGGAAUUUAUACGCGGUGAUGACCAGGUGUGCCUUCACGUGGUCUUCGCAUCUGCCCACAAUAAACAGAAAAGUGAAUAAAAAGAAAUUCUUUUGUGUUUGUUGCUAUUGUUAA